CGUGGUUUAAUCUGCUAAAAUAAAUUCUUGACAAGGAUAGAUUCACUUGAAGUGGAUCAAAGCUGCAAAGAAGAGGAAAAUGUCUUCUAAACCCAUCAGCGUGUUAAUAACAGGAGCCAACAGAGGCCUGGGUCUGGAGAUGGUCAAACAGAUGGUGGAUACACAGAGUCCCUUGACACCUUUGAGUGUGCUGUUCGCUUGUUGCAGGGAUCCGGAUGGACCCAGAGCUGAGGCCUUGCAAGCUCUGGCAAAGAUGCACAAAGACACCAUCAAAAUCAUCCGUAUGGACACUGCAGACCGGAGCAGCAUUAAGCAGUCAGCUGAACAGGUGGGCUCACUUCUGGGAGAAAACGGUCUAAACCUCGUCAUUAACAAUGCAGCCAUCUUAACUCAUUCUACUGUGGCCGACUCCACUCCAGAGACGAUGGCUAAAGACUUCAACACUAAUGUAAUUGGCCCCAUGAGCGUCAUUCAAGAGUUUUUGCCUUAUCUACGUGCAGCAGCAAAGAACAGCGCGGAGCCUGGGAUGUCCUGUCGAAAAGCAGCGGUCGUCAACCUCUCCACUAUUCUCGGAUCAAUCGAACUUACGUCACAGUCAUAUGAAAACUUUAGCACACUCCCAUACCGCGUCAGUAAGGCAGCACUGAACAUGCUCAUCACUUGUGCUGCCGUUGAGCUUAAAAAGGAUGAGAUCUUGUGCACACUGCUGCACCCCGGAUGGGUCCGGACAGACAUGGGCGGAGCCAAUGCCUCAAUAGACGCCCAGGAGAGUGUCCAGGGGAUGCUGAAGAUUAUGAACUCCAUGACUGAGAAGCACAAUGGAGUUCUGCUGGAUUAUAAAGGCCAGAGCAUCCCCUGGUAACUGAGGCAUUAUCUUAUAGGAGAAUUGAAGUGAUAAACAUGUUUUUAAAAAAACCUUCAUUAAAAUAAUAUUUUACCU